AUGGGUGAUCAUGAAUCCUCCGUUGUACCUGGUUCUACCGGUGUUAUUGUUGCUCAGUCUGAUGUCAAUACUGCUAUCUCUCCAUACACGUUGUCAAGCUCAGACAAUCCCGGUGUUAUGAUCACUUCGGUUUUGUUAACUGAAGAUAACUACAUCCAAUGGUCUGAAGAGAUGUUGAAUGCUCUUCAAGCCAAGCGCAAGACAGGGUUUAUCAGCAGGACUAUUCCCAUGCCUUCUAGUGAUAGUCCUGAUCUGGAAAAUUGGAAAACAGUGAAUUCCAUGAUCAUUGGUUGGAUUCGAUCUUCGAUUGAGUGUAAAUUGAAAUCAAUCGUGACAUUUGUCUCGAGUGCACAUGGGAAGAGCUGCAACAUCGUUUCUCUGUUGGUAACAAGAUUGUGCAAUCUUUGGGAUGAACUGAAAAAUUAUCGAGUGAGUCCUAUUUGUUCUUGUGGUGUCACUUUGUCUACAAUUGUGGAAGAAAGAGAUGAAGAGAAGCUUCAUCAGUUUGUAAUGGGCCUUGAUGAUUCGAGGUUUGGUGGCCUCUGCACUACUCUCAUUAGUAUGGAUCCUCUCCCUACUCUCGUUGUGGCAUACUCUAAAGUGAUUCGUGAAGAGCAAAGACUGUCCUCUGCUCGUCUUCAACAAAAUCACGAGUCUGUCGGUUUUUUGGCUCGCAGUGAUAACCGUGAUCAGUCUUCUCGCGGUGAUGCUUAUUUGCUCCGGACUGAUCAUAAUGGUUCUCUUCUUGGUAAGGGACGCUCCUGCACUCACUGUGGUCGUACCGGGCAUGAACAGAAGGAUUUUUGGCAACUUGUUGGUUUUCCAGAUUGGUGGACAGAUCGUGAGCGAGGUACUAGUGGUGGUCGUGGUUCUCCUGGUCGAGGAAGAAGAGUUCGUGGUUCUAUGGUUUCUAGUGGAGGAAGAGGACGUGGGCAACCUGUGACUGCUCAUGCGACUAGCUCCAAUUCCUCUGUUUUUCCUGCUUUUACAUCUGAACAAUUGAAAGUUUUAACUCAGAUGAUUCAUGAAAAAUCAGGCAACGGUGGUUCCGACAAACUGUCUCGUAAGCUUGAGUUUGGUGAUAUUAUUUUGGACACAUGGGCAUCUCAUCAUAUGACUAGGAAGCUUUCCUUGUUGCACAAUGUUGUGUCUAUUCCGACGUGUUCAGUUGGUUUUGCCGAUGGUAGCAAGACUUUUGCUAUGAGUGACCGUUUUUCGAGGACCCUGAUUGGAAGCGGUGAAGAGCAUGACGGUGUGUACUAUCUUACGGAUGUUGCUUCAAUGAAGAUACAUGCAGCUACGGUUUCUCUUGAUAAGGCUUUGUGGCAUCCGAGUUUUUCAGUUCUUUCUUCUCUACAUUUGUUUUCUCAGUCUUCUUCCUCUGUUGGUUCUGACUCAGCAAUAUGGACUUACUUGUUACUUGAGAAAUCAAAGGUUCGUAAUGUUCUUACCAAUUUCAUAACGUAUACCGAGAGACAAUUUGGCAAAAGGGUCAAGACUGUUCGAAGUGAUAAUGGAACGGAGUUCAUGUGUUUGUCCGCUUAUUUUCGUGAGAAAGGCAUUGUGCAUCAAACUUCUUGUGUUGGCACUCCACAACAAAAUGGGAGAGUUGAACGCAAACACAUACAUAUUCUUAAUGUCUCUCGGGCUUUGCUUUUUCAGGCUAAGUUGCCGAUAAAGUUUUGGGGUGAGUCGGUUUUGACAGCUGCAUAUUUGAUAAAUCACACCCCAUCUUCGAUUCAUAAAGGUUACACUCCGUAUGAACUUCUUUAUGGAUGUAAGCCAGACUACUCUCAGCUUCGUGUUUUCGGCUGCGCUUGUUACACUCAUCGUAUCACUCGUGACAAAGAUAAGUUUGGGGAAAGGAGUCGGUCUUGCGUGUUUGUUAUUUACCCCUUUGGUAAAAAGGGCUGGAAAAUUUAUGAUAUGGAGCGCAAUGAGUUUGUUGUCUCUCGUGAUGUUGUUUUCUGUGAGGGUUCUUUUCCUAACUCCGCUGCACAAGAUUCUUUCUCCAUCGCUUCGUCGGUUCCACUACUUGAUGAUGACUAG